UACUCACAUUACGAUCAUAAUAAGUUUUUUGAAUAAAAAUGUUUCCCAUUCAUUUUUAAUUUUAAUUUUCAAGUUUAUUACGAAAAAUGGUUAGGUAAGCAAAGCUGACAAUCUAUAUGUACUUAGACAGACACAGAGCUGUUUUUCUUUCUAAAAAUCAAAUAUUCAAUUACAAAAAAAUGAUUUAGAACUUAUAUUCAAUCAAAUGAAAAUUAAAUUAUACAGAUAACAAACAUGUAAUACUUGAUUUAAUUAGAAAAUCUCUGCAUAAUUAUUACUUUCUUCCUUCUUAAAAAACAAACCAUUUCUGUAAAACGUAUUCUUAAAAUUCAAUUUAAUUUUUCCCAAAAAUUUUUAAUGGAUUGUUUUUUCUUCAAAAUUUUAAUUAAGUACGUAAAAAUUCACCGGCAUGUGAAUUUGAUGAAUGAAGUAUAGGUAAAAUUUUAAUUAUUUCGAGUUCUUGGAAAAUCAUACACGGAAAUAAAAAUGACGAAAAAUUGUAUUUCCAAACAAAUGCAUUUUGCUGUGAUAUUUAUGAUUUUAUUUUCAUUUUCGUUUCCAUUUACGAUACAACAAACUACAUUCGAUAUUUUUCAAGAUAUAUACCAAGGAUUGUCAAUUAGAAGAAUAUGUCCUCAUUUCAUAGAUGAAUGUCCAGAAAAACGAGUCGAAGUAACGUUCAAUCGUACUACAGGUUCCAACGUAGGAAAUGUAUUUCUUUGGAAUUUAACAAUAGAAAACCCAAGAUUAUCAUGGGAUUAUUCUAAUGAAUCGUUGUACACUAUGACAAUGUCGUUUGUGGAGGAAAGAACCGAAAAUUUUACUUUCGUAUCCUAUACUCAUUGGCUUGUGACAAAUAUUCCAAGAAACGAGGUUGAAAAUGGAGAUACGAUUUUUGAAUUCAUUCAACCAACGCUUGAAAAAAUAGAAACUUAUUACAUGCACGUGGUUUUAAUUUUCAAACAAAAAGACAGAAUAGACGUUCAAAUUGAUCAAAAUUUGAAUGAAACUGAUACUGAAGAUAUUAGAUGGUCGAUUGAAAUGAAAAAUUUUACUCGAACAUACGAAUUGGGGAAUCCAGAAUUUGGCAGCUGGUUUUAUACUUAUCGACCUGAAGAUUACGACGAGUAUUUAAUGUUCGCUCAUCCCGAUAUUUUACACUAUUUUCCAACAAAACCAUCGACUGCAGGCCGACCACCAUUUGACUUUGUGAAAUUUUCCUAGUAGAUUUUUUUUUAAAAAAAGACUAUAAGUAAACUAUUAAUUAAAAAUAAAUAUUAUUCGUUUGA